AGUGUGGGCGUGGCUAGCGGCGUGCGGCGAAUAUGGCGGAGCGCGGGAGGAAGCGGCCCGGCGGACCCUGCGGACCCGGUGAACAUGGACAGAGGGUUGAGUGGCGCAAAUGGAAACAACAGAGGAAAGAGGAGAAAAAGAAGUGGAAGGACCUCAAGCUGACCAAAAAACUGGACCGGCAACGGGCACAGGAGGAGCAGGCGCAGCGCCAGAAGGAGGAGGAGGAGGCAGCAGCCGGGAGGGAGGAGCUGGGGCGGCCCUACACCCUAAGCGUGGCCCUGCCAGGCUCCAUCCUGGACAAUGCCCAGUCGCCUGAGCUCCGCACCUACCUGGCUGGCCAGAUCGCCAGGGCCUGCGCCAUCUUCUGUGUGGACGAGAUCGUGGUAUUUGAUGAGGAAGGCCAGGAAGCCAAGUCUGUGGAGGGCGAAUUCAGGGGUGUUGGCAAGAAAGGGCAGGCGUGUGUGCAGCUGGCCCGCAUCCUGCAGUACCUGGAGUGCCCACAGUACCUGAGAAAGGCGUUCUUCCCCAAGCACCAGGACCUCCAGUUUGCAGGUCUCCUGAACCCCCUGGACAGCCCUCACCACGUGCGGCAGGACGAGGAGUCCGAGUUCCGCGAGGGCGUCGUGGUGGACCGGCCCACCCGGCCGGGCCACGGCUCCUUCGUCAACUGUGGCAUGAAAAAGGAGGUCAAGAUUGACAAGAACUUGGAGCCUGGACUUCGGGUGACCGUGAGACUGAACCAGCAGCAGCUCCCAGAAUGCAAGACCUACCGGGGCACGGUCGUGUCGUCGCAGGAGCCUCGCACCAGAGCCGGGCUCUACUGGGGCUACAGCGUGCGGCUGGCCUCCUGCCUCAGUGCUGUGUUUGCUGAGGCCCCAUUCCAGGACGGGUACGACCUGACCAUUGGGACAUCGGAGCGUGGCUCGGAGGUGGCCUCUGCCCAGUUGCCCAGCUUUCGGCAUGCCCUUGUGGUGUUCGGGGGCCUCCAAGGGCUGGAGGCUGGCGUGGACGCCGACCCCAACCUGGAGGUGUCCGAACCCAGUGUUCUCUUCGACCUGUACGUCAACACGUGCCCAGGCCAGGGCAGCCGCACCAUCCGCACAGAGGAAGCCAUCCUCAUCUCCCUGGCUGCCCUGCAGCCCAGCCUCACGCAGGCAGGCGCCCGGCCCACCUGAAGGUUCACACAGGACAUAGGCAAGCAGGCGUGCGGCCGAGCAGGGCCUCCGGCGGGUCACCUGGGACAGCCACAGCCGACUCCGCUCCAAAAAUCACCACCUUUAAUGCGCUGCAGCCCCACCCUCAGUCUCGGCCUGCGCCUCCCUUGCUGCCGGCAGUGAUGGCCUUGACGUUGCCCGCCCGUGCCAGGAUGUUGGGCACAAAGAGCAGCCCCGAGGCCCGUUCGAUGCUCUCAAUGGGCACCAGGAAGCGCUCGAGCGGGAUCGCCUCGUCCACGGGCGCAUUGGGCAUCACGUAGGAGCGGAGCUCGAUCUGCCCGCCCGCCGCCUCCAGGAUCAGCACCUUGAAGAAGUGCGUGGGCACCGCCACGUGGUUCCUGCCGAUGACCUGGUACUUCACGUAGGACUUCCCGUCGGCCUCCGUCCUGCGGGCGGACCCAGCGCUCAUGGCGGGAGCCUGGUUGGGCUCAAGGCCUCCGCCUACGGGAAUCCUGCUCUGACCUGAGCUCCGGUUCUGCCCUCCUGCCAGGCCCCCCCCUGACUUCAAGGCUCCAUGCCCUGCCUGCCCCCUCCUCAAGGCUGGGAACUGUCCAGGAUGGAGACUGACUCCCUCUGGUGCCGGCACAGCACAGCCAAAGGGCUGGCAACAAAUGCUGCUCAAAGUA